ACCGGACCACUGCACAUGGUCUAUCACAUCCGGGUAGUUUUUUUCCGGAACUUUCGGUCAGGCAGCUUAACGGCCGCCUCUGUCCAGUGCGCAUGCGCGUUCUGGAAGCUUCGCUCACGUGUAGAGGGGGGAGGGGGUCUACGUACAGCAGCCUCCAGCCGGACGACGCGCUCAGUGUGUCGGAUCAACGCUCCUCACGGACCCGGUCUACAAGCUCCACGCCGCCGAACUCCUCAGAACCACGAACACGUCAUAACCAUGGCCUUCAGAAAGUUCCUGCCCUUGUUCGACCGGGUGCUGGUGGAGCGCCUCACCGCCGAGACGGUGACGAAGGGUGGCAUCAUGCUGCCGGAGAAGUCCCAGGGCAAAGUGCUGCAUGCCACCGUCAAGGCUGUCGGACCGGGCUCCGUGUCCCAGAAAGGCGACUUGCAGGCAGUCAGUGUGAAGGUAGGAGAGAAAGUCCUGCUCCCAGAGUACGGAGGAACUAAAGUUGUGCUGGAUGACAAGGACUACUUCCUGUUCCGCGACGCCGACAUCCUCGGCAAAUACGUUGAAUGAGUCCUUAGUGUUUUACGCCGUCAACCCCGGAGAGAAGAUAUCAAGUUGCCUCAUUCAUGUCUGUCUUUCAUUAUUCUUUUUUUUUUCUAUGUUGUUUCAAUUGUAAAUAAUUCCAAUCACAUUUUGUUACAAUAAUAAAGGUGAACUGUCGAUUAA